AGGGACGUGGUGGGGAUCGAAGUCGGAACCACUCGUUUAUGAAGCGAGCGCUCUACCACUACACCACUACCGCAUAUGAUUACAAGGAUUACAAGGAAGCAAAGACAAUUUUAUUUGCUUGGGUUUUUUAUGCAGAGGUUUGCCCCCAAUAGACUUCCCACAAAUGGAGAAAUGCUCAGAAGGUACUACUGGCUUAAUCUUGACAAAAAUACAAGGUAAAUUAGUAACUAACUAACGUAAUUAAUGUAAAUAACUAACUAAUUUUUGCAGCGUUUUAGUACCACACAGAUCAACGUCAAAAGGCUGCCCAGUUGCUUCUGGUAAGACUUAUUUGAGAUGCUCCAGAUUUGCUGAUGGAGUGUGUGGAAAGAACACCAAGCAGUUAAAUACAAACGUCUGUAUUCUAAGGAAGAGCUUGUCAAUUUGUGGGAACAAGCUGUGUUUAACAAUACUUUCACUGUGACCAAACAAACUAUAAAAAACAAAAUUGCCUAGAAAAUUAAAGAGUAUCACGCUUUAAAAAUGCUUAAAACACACAAAAAUGCUUAAAACACUCGAUUUGUCCAAAGCAGCUUAAAAAAGAAGGUGGACAGCUUUUUGAAAGAGAGUAGUGUGCUUUUUUCUAUUCAAAAAUCAAACAUAUAUGAUUUAAUUAAAAUUGGUAAAAAUAGGGAUGACGAGGCUAAGAGUGAAGACAUAAAAUUUUUGAGGCAUUGUCUGAGAGGGGAUAUGGUUAAGUUAGGAAAUGUUGAUAAGAUAUUUAGUGAAAAUGUUAACAGAGCACAGGAAAAAAUUUUUAAAAUGUCAGAGAAGAUCCAAAGACAUAAAAUAAAAAACAAGAAAAAAGAAAGUAACUAUUUGAAAGGAGACUUUUUAAGCACAGAUAGUGACAAUCAAAGUAAAUGCGAUAAAAUUUAUUUACCUCCUGCUAAAGUUUAGAAAAAACAAAAAAGAAUGACUUCAAAGUUUGCCUUUAAUUAAGUCUGAAGUAGUCAGACCAGGUAUGUGUCUUUUGAAUUGAUAACAUUGGUAUAUCCUUAUAUCGAGAUCAACUUUAAACAGGAAGACCCAUACUAUUGUGGAGUCUGAGGCGCAAAUGAUCAGGGAGGAAAAUUUAGAUAAAAUAAGUAGUUUGAAAAUUGUGGUACACUUUGACACAAAAAUAUUGAAAAGAUACAAUUGCGAAAAAGGAGUAUCUAAAAAUGAAAAUAGAAUUGCCAUAAGCGCAUCUUCACCAGAGUCUGGUCCGCUAGAUUUCUUUCUGGGCAUCUUAGAAAUUGAAAGUUCUAAUGGAAGUGUUCAAGCUACUGCCAUUCAAGCUAUGCUUGAAUACUAUGAGAUGUCUGAUCAGAUUAUUGGAUUGUGUUCCGACACAACAUCCAGUAACACUGGGAGGAAAAAAGGUGCCAUAAGCAUUAUUAUUUCAUAUGCCCUAGGUAGACCGGUUCUUUGGCUAAUGUGCAGACAUCACAUCUAUGAAAAGCAUGUGGCUCAUGUAAUAAAGAAAAUAUUUGGUCAAACCAAUAGUCCCAGCAGGAAGCUGUAUGUUACUUUCCAAAAAAUUUGGCCGCAGAUUUAUGAAAGUGUAAACAAACUAGAGAGAAUUGUGAAAUUUAACUGGACUCAAGAUGCCUUUAGACAUGACUCUUUGUUGUACAAACUUGCCUCGAAUACAAAAGAAUUCUGUACCACAGCUCUUGGUGAGAGUAUCUUUCAGAGAGGAGAUUACAGGUAUCUUUGUGGGCUUCUGGUAUUUUUUCUAGGAGCUCAGUUACCAAACUUUUCAUUUAAACAACCAGGAGCUUAUCGUGAAGCAAGAUUUAUGGCCAACUGUAUCUACUUGCUGGUAAUUCAAAUGACUCAAAUGUACUACUUAGUUGAUUCCGAAUCUGGUAAUAUAACCAUGUUAAGUAAUCUGAAGGCUGCAACCAACUACAUUGUAUUUUUUCAUGGCUUCUUCUUUCUGAAAUGCGCAAUGGCUUCUCAAGCACCAUCGAAUGAUUUGAUGGCAUUCAAUAUUGCUUUUGAGCUACAAACAAUGGACGAGUUUAAAGAAUUUGCAGUUGUGGGAAAGGUUCUUUACCAAAGUCUCACAUUUGGUACAAACCCCUCACACUUGGUACCUGUCCCCCCAACAAGUAGUUUUUGCUCUUGCUGAUAAGGAACUGAAAGUUGAAGUUAAGAACAAUAUGUUAAAUAAACUGCUUCCCUAUGAUGUCCCGGAGUUGCAAAAUCUGGUUAAAAAAAAACUUGAAUCUAUUAUUAAAAUUGUUCCCACGUCUAAACUAGAUGAUUUUGUCAAUGACCAGUCCUAUCUUACUUUUAUCCUACUUUUUGUUCUUGCUGUUGGAUAUUUCCAAAAAAGAACUUCUCCUAUGGAAAGAAAAAAGCAUUGAAGCAUGUGAAAAUGAGGAAACCUCUCAGUCUUUUACAUACUUCUCAAAGUGUGUAAGAACACUUGCAGUUGUAAAUGACCGUGCAGAAUAACACAUCAAGUUGAUUCAAGAUUUUGUUGAGAAAACACACAAUGAAGAUAGGCUUCAGGUAGUCCAGAGAAACCGGCAGCAGAUAUCAAAAAAGGCUACAAAGAAAGAUCUUAAUACUAUUAUUUAGCUGAGUAAUUUUGUAGUAAAAAUAUAGGUUUAUAUUUGUAUUAUUAUUUGUUUUAUUUCUUAUGAAAUUAAAUGAUAAACCUUUAUAUUUUCACACUAAAAUACCGCUACAAGGUCAAAAUAUUGACGUUUUUACUUUAAUUCGCAAAAAUGAUGCUAAAUGUAUCGUUUUAUCGCAUUUAAAAGUGACCUCAUCUCUAAACUUAAUUAGUUAUUUUACAAUAAAAAUAAAGAGUUCAUAGCACGCAAAUUCACCUGUUUGACACGCACCAACAAUUUCUUUUUGUUUUUAGUAACAGUUGCUAUUUUUAUAUAAAGAUAAAAUUCAAUUUUAUCUAAAAAUUUAUAUAUAUAUAAAAAAAAAGGAAAUUGACCUAAAUAAACUUCCGCUAGAGCUAGAGACUUCUUUUUUUUUUUGUUUGUCUACAUGUUCAAAAUGAUGCCAAAUGCAGUAUUCUGCACAUCAAAAUUCAACAUGAUAUUUUUUUGGGACACCCUAGUGUGAGAGGUUAUGGGUACCACCAAAAUUAAAGUUCAAAAUCUUAUUAGAUGCCCACAGCAAUAAAUUUCUUUGAAAUAUUUUAUCUUCUUUUAUUACUGUUCUAAAUAAAAGUUUUUUAAGUUAUUUUUUACCUUCACACUAAUUUCAUGUAUACGCUUUAUUACAUUUUUUUAAAUCUUAA